GCCCGCCCGCGCGCCCGCGCCCUGGGCCGCCAGGAGCCCAUGCGCGGAGUCAGCCGCCCGGCCCGGCCCCAGCCCCAGCCCCGGAGCCCCCCGAGCCCCCCCCGGAGCCCCCGGCCCGGAACCCACGGCCCGGGGGGGCAGCAGCGGCGGAGCAGGAGGAGUCGGUGGAGGAGGCUGUGAUCCCGGACCCCCGCCACGAUGACCGAAUACAAGCUGGUGGUCGUGGGCGCUGGGGGCGUGGGCAAGAGCGCGCUCACCAUCCAGCUCAUCCAGAACCACUUCGUGGACGAGUACGACCCCACGAUCGAGGACUCGUACAGGAAGCAGGUGGUCAUCGACGGGGAGACCUGCCUGCUGGACAUCCUGGACACGGCGGGCCAAGAGGAGUACAGCGCCAUGCGGGACCAGUACAUGCGCACCGGGGAGGGCUUCCUCUGCGUCUUCGCCAUCAACAACACCAAGUCCUUCGAGGACAUCCACCAGUACCGGGAGCAGAUUAAGCGGGUGAAGGACUCGGACGACGUGCCCAUGGUGCUGGUGGGAAACAAGUGCGACCUCCCGGCGCGGACGGUGGAGACCCGCCAGGCGCAGGAGCUGGCCCGCAGCUACGGCAUCCCCUACAUCGAGACGUCGGCCAAGACCCGCCAGGGGGUGGAGGACGCCUUCUACACGCUGGUGCGGGAGAUCCGACAGCACAAGCUCCGGAAGCUGAACCCCCCGGACGAGAGCGGCCCGGGCUGUCUGAACUGCAAGUGUGUGAUCUCCUGACCAGGGGGCCGAGGCUGGGGGUUCGGAGGUGCUGGACCUGAGGGCGGCGCCGGACAGCCCCAGGCCGGAGGAGGAGGAAGCCGCGCUGCUGCUGCUGGAGCUCCGGGUCCUGCCAGGGAGGCCAAGCCCGCGCCGCUGCCCCCCGCAGGCCUUUUGCACGGACUGGCUCCGACUCCCGGCCCCACACUGCUUCCCGCGCCUCCCCGCCCCCUCUGCUCGCGCGCGCGCGCGCGCGCGGUUUCAGUAAAUUAUUGGUUUCAGUAAAUUAUUGGAUGGUCUUGA